UCGUUAUAGGGUUUAUCACCCAGUCAUCUUCGUCGGCGAAACCAAUUUUCGGACUCCGUCGAAUUCGAUUUUACAGUGAUAAAAGAUAUGGGUGACAAGAGGAAGAAGACGUUCAUGUUCAUCCGUCUAGUCUCAGCAGCUGGAACUGGAUUCUUCUAUGUCAAGAGGAAGAGUACUAAGGGACUUCUUGAGAAGCUCGAGUUCCGUAAGUACGAUCCUCGAGUUAAUCGCCAUGUCCUCUUUACAGAGCAGAAAAUGAAGUGAUGAAACAUAAAAGCUUGCUUUUGCCUGUUAUGUGGGAUCAAACUUAUUUCAUUAUGUAAUAAAAGUUACCUUCAUCAAUCAAGUAUCAAAUAACUUUUCAAUUUAGUGUUCUAUCGAAACUUGUUUGUAGGAUUCUCAAACACUUAAGUGCAGUUUGAUUGUACUGUGAUCAAUCUCGACACCGGUCUUGAAUCA